AUGUCAACGGAUCCAGUUGCCCGUCUUGAGGAGCUGGAGACUGAACUCCGUACCCGCAAAGAGGCGCUUUCCUCGCGCAUUCAAUCUCUUUUGAACGAGUCAGGCGACAGCGAGCUGCCUCAACUGCAUGUGCUACGCGAGGAUCGGGUGAGACUGAUGGAGGAGAUUCAGCACAACAAGGAUGAGGGAGACGCCUUGUUGCUGCAGGGCGAGGGGAAUGGAAAGGCCGCUUUGUUGUACCGCGUUGCUGCCCGUGUGCAGCGCUUUGAGGAAUUCGUCGGUCGUGCAGAAGAUUACGUGAAGGCUGUUCUCCCAGAGGAAAUUGAGCGUAUCGCGGAAUCCGAUAAGCUGCACUCCGAAGACGAGGUGGCUGCCUACAUCAAUGAGCUGCAGGUGAAGCGCGAAGAAGAGCUAAGGAAAAUUGCCUUGCUGAAGGAGCGGACAGCGAAGCGGGCGCAGGACAUGCGCAAUGGUCCACGCGUUGAGCACGGAGAACUGAAUGCCUACAGCCGUGUGGCAAAGGCCAAAGAAGAGGAACUUGACAAGGAGACCAAAGAAAUGCAGGAAUACACCGAUGCGGCGAAGAUAAAAAAGAGUGUGCUGCUUGCGAAAAUCAAGGAAUUGCGCCAGGCAAAGUCCAAGCUUCAGGUGGAGUUAUUGGAUAAUAAGCAUAAGAAUGAAAAGAUUGUAAAUGAUAUAAAGAUCCGCAUCCGUCAUGCGGAGCUCUCCAACACACGCGAUAUUCGUGUAUGCCAGCAGCUGAACACUGGCAAUGCUGCGCUCACGACCAACGCACAAACCCUGCUUGGGCAGUUGAACGUGGAACACUACGGCAUUGAGGGUGCACCGUCAGAUCAUGCACUGCUCACGAUGCGUAAGGAGGAGAAGAAAAGGGCAUUGGCCGCAGUAGCGAGCAACCACAACAAUAACAACGGCUCCUCUCAGGCGGCCGAUGGUGAAGUUGACGUCAACUCGAAGGGAGCCUACAAGCGCCACAGCACGCAGAACUCUAACGGAUCUAAGCCCCCAAUGGCUGCAUUCAAGCGGACAGAGUCGCAGCGCAACCGUGAGGCUGCUGUACUGUCCAGCAUGAGCCAGCGCCGCGAGGGAGGAAGUUCGGCCCCACACAGUCGAACCUUUUCAAAGCAAAUGUCGCAGGGGUCUGAGCCCUCACACCCACGAGGGGGCUCCCUGCACUCCGAGAACUCGAAGAAUUGUCGGAACAGCCGUGACGGUUCGCAGGGUUCAGGCGCUCGCUAG